GCGGGGACGAGGUUUAACGGCGGCCGCCUCCGAGGCGGGAGGAGAUCUGAGAGGGCGGUGGUGGGGCGAGGGGAGCCCGCGGAGCGCGCCAGCGGCGCAGCCGGUAUAGCGGAGGGUGCCCGGGGCGGCAGCAAACUGCAGGGCAAGAUGCAGAAGAGCGUGCGGUACAACGAGGGGCAUGCCCUGUACCUGGCGCUGCUGGCCCGAAAGGAGGGCACCAAGAGGGGCUACCUGAGCAAGAAGACGGCGGAGACCAACCGCUGGCACGAGAAGUGGUUCGCCCUCUACCAAAACGUGCUCUUCUACUUCGAAGGAGAGCAGAGCGCCCGGCCCGCCGGCAUGUACAUGCUGGAGGGUUGCAACUGCGAGCGGGUGCCGGCUCCCAAGGGAUGCGUCGCCGUCAGCGCCAAGGAUGCUGCGUUGGAUAAGCAGCAUUACUUUACUGUUCUUUUUGGCCAUGAAGGGCAGAAGCCGCUGGAGCUGCGUUGUGACGAUGAAGCUGAUGGAGAUGAGUGGGUAGAAGCUAUUCACCAAGCUAGUUAUUCAGAUAUUCUGAUUGAAAGGGAGGUGUUAAUGCAGAAGUACAUUCAUCUUGUCCAGAUUGUAGAGACUGAAAAGAUUGCAGCUAAUCAGCUUCGACAUCAGCUUGAAGAUCAAGACACAGAAAUUGAAAGACUUAAAUCUGAGAUUGUAGCUCUCAACAAAACAAAAGAAAGAAUGCGGCCUUAUCAAGGCAACCAGGAAGAUGAGAACCCAGACAUUAAAAAAAUUAAAAAGGUCCAGAGCUUUAUGCGGGGGUGGUUAUGUAGAAGAAAAUGGAAAACUAUUGUCCAAGAUUAUAUUUGCUCUCCCCAUGCAGAAAGCAUGAGAAAAAGGAAUCAGAUUGUUUUUAACAUGGUGGAGGCUGAAUCUGAAUAUGUACAUCAACUUUAUGUUCUUGUGAACUGUUUUCUGCGGCCCUUAAGAAUGGCUGCAAGUUCAAAGAAGCCACCUAUCAGUCACGAUGAUGUUAGUAGCAUUUUCCUCAACAGUGAAACUAUCAUGUUUCUUCAUGAGAUAUUUCACCAAGGGUUAAAAGCAAGAAUAGCAAACUGGCCUACCUUAAUCCUAGCUGAUCUAUUUGACAUUCUACUGCCAAUGCUGAACAUAUAUCAAGAAUUUGUUCGGAAUCAUCAAUAUAGUCUACAAGUACUGGCAAACUGUAAGCAAAACAGAGAUUUUGACAAACUCUUGAAGCAAUAUGAAGCCAACCCAGCAUGUGAGGGGCGAAUGCUGGAAACUUUCCUUACUUACCCCAUGUUUCAGAUUCCUAGGUAUAUUAUAUCACUUCAUGAACUACUGGCUCACACACCUCAUGAACAUGUUGAGAGAAAAAGCCUUGAAUUUGCUAAAUCUAAACUAGAAGAACUUUCAAGGGUGAUGCAUGAUGAAGUGAGCGACACAGAAAACAUCCGGAAGAAUCUAGCCAUAGAAAGAACAAUAGUAGAAGGCUGUGAUAUAUUACUAGAUACCAGUCAAACCUUUAUACGCCAAGGUUCCCUUAUUCAAGUCCCUUCAGUUGAAAGGGGAAAACUUAGUAAAGUUCGUCUGGGAUCAUUAUCUUUGAAGAAAGAAGGAGAAAGGCAGUGCUUCUUAUUUACAAAACAUUUUUUAAUUUGUACAAGAAGUUCAGGAGGAAAACUGCAUCUUCUCAAGACAGGAGGUGUUCUGUCUUUAAUAGAGUGCACACUGAUCGAGGAGACAGAAGCAAGUGAUGAUGAUUCAAAAAGUUCUGGACAAGUGUUUGGACACCUAGAUUUCAAGCUUGUAGUUGAACCUACAGAUGCUCCUUCUUUUACUGUUGUCCUUUUAGCCCCAUCACGACAGGAGAAAGCUGCAUGGACAAGUGACAUAAGUCAGUGCAUUGAUAAUAUAAGGUGCAAUGGUUUAAUGACCAUAGUGUUUGAAGAAAACUCUAAGGUCACGGUGCCACAUAUGAUCAAAUCUGAUGCUCGUCUUCAUAGAGAUGACAUUGAUAUCUGCUUCAGCAAAACACUGAAUUCCUGCAAAGUACCCCAAAUCCGUUACGCAAGCGUUGAGCGCCUUUUGGAGCGUCUAACAGACCUGCGAUUUCUAAGCAUUGAUUUUCUGAAUACUUUCCUACAUACUUACCGCAUAUUUACUACUGCAGCUGUGGUGUUGGAAAAACUUUCAGACAUAUACAGACGGCCCUUUACUUCUAUUCCUGUCAGGUCUCUGGAGUUGUUCUUUGUUACUAAUCAAAACAAUAGAGGAGAGUACCUGGCCGAUGGGAAGUCGCCACAUCUCUGUCGCAAGUUUUCUUCUCCUCCUCCCUUGUCGCUCUCCAGAACAUCCUCACCUGUCAGAGCCCGAAAACUGUCACUGACCUCACCACUGAAUUCACGGAUUGGUGCCCUUGACCUCUCUGCUUCAUCUAUGGCAAGCAGUCCUACCUCAACCUACAGCCCGGCCACCUCCCCACCACCGUCAGGUAGCAAAGUACCACUGGACCUUAGCAGAGGGCCCUCCUCUCCUGAGCAAAGCCCUGGCUCCAUAGAGGACAGCCUGGAGAACCCUCGUGUUGACCUCUGUAACAAGUUGAGGAGAAGCAUUCGAAGAGCAGCAGUUCUAGAGUCUGUGUCAGUGGAUCGGACAAUUCCUGAAAGCACCUCAGCAGUGGACACCGCAGAGCUUUCCCCGUGUAGAUCCCCUUCGACACCACGUCAUCUCCGCUAUCGUCAGCCAGGAGUCCAAACUGCUGACAACACCCACUGUUCGGUCUCUCCUGCUUCUGCUUUUGCCAUUGCUACAGCUGCAGCAGGACAUGGGAGUCCACCAGGAUUUAACAAUUCUGAACGCAUGUGCGACAAAGAGUUUAUAAUACGCAGAGCGGCCACAAAUCGCGUCCUUAAUGUCUUGCGCCAUUGGGUCUCCAAGCAUUCUCAGGAUUUUGAGCUGAACAAUGAACUGAAAAUGAAUGUGUUAAAUUUGCUGGAAGAAGUUUUGAGAGACCCUGACCUUUUGCCACAAGAAAGAAAAGCUACUGCAAAUAUACUGAGGACUCUUUCACAAGAUGAUCAAGAUGAUACCCACUUAAAAAUAGAGAAUAUCAUUCAGAUGUCAGAUUGCCCAAAACCAGAGUGCUUUGAGACUUUGUCAGCCAUGGAGCUUGCAGAGCAAAUAACUCUUCUAGAUCAUAUAGUUUUCCGAAGCAUACCCUAUGAAGAGUUUCUUGGGCAGGGCUGGAUGAAAAUGGAUAAAAAUGAGAGAACGCCCUAUAUUAUGAAAACUAGUCAACAUUUUAAUGAUAUGAGUAACCUUGUUGCCUCCCAAAUCAUGAAUUAUGCUGAUGUUAGCUCCCGUGCUAACUCAAUUGAAAAGUGGGUAGCAGUAGCUGAUAUUUGUCGAUGUAUGCACAAUUACAAUGGUGUGUUAGAAAUCACCUCAGCCUUGAACAGAAGUGCAAUCUACAGACUUAAGAAAACUUGGGGUAAAGUAUCCAAACAGACAAAAGCUCUCAUGGACAAGCUUCAGAAGACUGUAUCAUCUGAAGGAAGAUUUAAAAACCUUAGAGAAAUGCUCAAAAAUUGUAACCCACCUGCCGUUCCCUACCUUGGAAUGUACCUAACAGACCUGGCAUUUAUUGAAGAAGGAACACCAAACUUCACUGAGGAAGGCCUUGUAAAUUUUUCCAAAAUGAGAAUGAUCUCGCAUAUUAUCAGGGAAAUACGCCAGUUCCAGCAGACAUCCUACCGCAUAGAGCAUCAGCAGAAGGUCACUCACUAUUUACUUGACAAGACUCUCAUCAUAGAUGAAGACACCCUAUAUGAGCUUUCCCUAAAGAUUGAACCCAGACUCCCUGCCUGAAGAGCCAGCUUUGCCUCAGGCUCUGCAGAAAGCUUUAGUACAAUGAACAAAAUAGUGUAUGUUAUGUCCUAAAGACAAGGGAAAUACUGAGAAGAAUACAAGCUCUCUUUUCCAAUAAGAGAUACAGAGCCUCACAGCAUUUCCCUCUCAGGCAAUGAAAAUGAGCACUGAGGUGGAAGACAAAGAUACUUCCUACCUGGAUUAAUGGAUUGCUGCUUCACAAAGAUAAUGUUUUGCAGCAGGGACUAUGCAUUUAAUGGAAAAUAGGAGACCUCCCUGUCAAUGGGUACUAACUGUAGCCAUCUUAAGUGACUAAUUAAUGGUACAUAUUUAAAGGUUAGUAAUAUACUCAGGUAUAUUAAGAUAAAUGAGAAAAAUGAGAUAGCUGUGAUAUGGU